CUCUCGCCGCUGCCGCCGCCGCCGCCGCUGCAGCUUCACUGACGGCGGGUGCCCGCGCCUCAGCGCUGCCUGUGGACCCCCAAGACUCCUCCACUCGCUGGCUUCAUGGAUGAACUGCAGGAUGUUCAGCUCACAGAGAUCAAGCCGCUUCUCAAUGACAAGAAUGGUACACGAAACUUCCAGGACUUUGACUGUCAGGAGCAUGACAUAGAAACAACUCAUGGUGUGGUCCAUGUGACUAUAAGAGGCUUACCAAAGGGAAACAGACCAGUUAUACUGACAUAUCAUGACAUUGGCCUCAACCAUAAGUCCUGUUUCAAUGCAUUCUUCAACUUUGAGGAUAUGCAAGAGAUCACGCAGCAUUUUGCUGUCUGUCAUGUUGAUGCGCCUGGCCAACAAGAAGGGGCACCCUCCUUCCCAACAGGGUACCAGUACCCAACGAUGGAUGAGCUGGCUGAAAUGUUGCCUGCAGUUCUGACCCACUUAAGCCUGAAAAGCAUCAUUGGGAUCGGAGUUGGAGCUGGCGCUUACAUCCUCAGCAAAUUUGCACUCAAUCACCCAGAACUUGUGGAAGGCCUGGUGCUCAUCAACGUGGACCCAUGUGCUAAAGGCUGGAUUGACUGGGCAGCCUCCAAACUCUCGGGAUUGACAACCAACGUUGUGGACAUUAUUCUGGCACAUCACUUUGGGCAGGAAGAACUACAGGCCAACCUGGACCUGAUUCAAACCUACAGACUGCAUAUUGCCCAAGAUAUCAACCAAGAAAACCUACAGCUUUUCCUGGGUUCCUACAAUGGACGCAGAGACCUCGAGAUUGAAAGACCUAUCCUGGGCCAAAGCGAUAACAGAUCAAAAACGUUAAAGUGUUCUACGUUAUUGGUGGUAGGAGACAGUUCACCUGCCGUCGAGGCUGUGGUUGAAUGCAAUUCCCGCCUCAACCCUGUAAAUACAACUUUGCUCAAGAUGGCAGACUGUGGAGGACUGCCCCAAGUGGUUCAGCCUGGGAAACUCACGGAAGCCUUCAAGUACUUUUUGCAGGGAAUGGGCUACAUCCCGUAUGUGCAGCUCAGUCACCUGAGCACCGAGUCAGUCCCAUCCGCCAGCAUGACCCGGCUCACCCGCUCGCGCACCCACUCCACCUCGAGCAGCCUUGGCUCUGGAGAAAGCCCCUUCAGCCGCUCAGUCACCAGCAGUCACUCCGACGGGACUCAGGAAUCCUGCGAGUCUCCUGACGUCCUGGACAGACAGCAGACCAUGGAGGUGUCCUGCUGAGCAGAGGCUCCUCCUUGGACCCCGCAAGGCCAUCCCCUUCAGAUGACCUCUCCAUAAUAACACAGCACCCCCACAAGCUGGCCUCUCCUCUCUCUAACUCAUGCAUGGCCACUGAACCUCUCUCUCGUAGCUGGGUUUGUCAUUCUCCUGUCCCACUGCCUCCCUCUUUUGUAUGUACCAAGGACCACAUCCGCACCUCUGUACCAUUCCAACUCUUUAGCCAAUCCGGGCACCACCUCUUCUAUUGCCAGCUUUUCCCUGUGCUCCCCCGACGAUGUACCUGAUAAGAUUCUUCAGUCCCCCUCGUGUGUGUGCGAGCACGCGUGUCUGUGUGUGCAUAGUUCUGUGAUUUUUUAGACAUGCUUUCUCGUAGCGCUUCUGCAGAACACAGGAAAGGGACACCUUUGGCAUUUUCAGUGGUGUUUUUCAGGGAAAUGUGUAAAACUGAUAUCUAGGUGAGGCUACCACAUUCUGCCUUGGUACCACAUCUGGCAACAGGCUCAGCAGGUGGGCGAGAGUGGUUCUGAGGAAUGCAUUAGAUCCGAGCUAUUGUUGAAACCAGUAGUGGAGAGGGCCUAUCCCAUGGAGCUAGGUGGCCAGCUACCUCCUUCUGGUUGAGUAGAUGCCGUGUGCUGCUUUGGACAGACAAGGGAGGGGUGUGUCCUGCUAGGAGGCCCUGAGCACUGAUUCUGAUACAACAGGGAGCAGUGAGCAUGGCUUCAUUCCAGGCAUCUCAACUCAGGAAUGUGGGAAAAUACAAUGUUAGGCCUGCCCUCUACUGGGGCCAAUGGCUAUUGUCACAGUGUCCAGCACCAUUCGCUCUCCCACAGCUACAGGUCCGCAGGAGCACCUGCCAGGACUGUGCUGGACUCCAGCUCUCCAUCCCUUAGCCCCUGACAGGGAGAGGCAUGGCCUAGGAAUCUCCUAGCGGAGGGGCAGAGACAAGGAGGGAAGACUGGCCCUUCCUGCAGUCAUGUGUACUACAUGUAGCCUUUGCAACAGACUUCACAGAAGCCGUUUCUCAGACUCCAUAGGGGCUGCCCUGUCUACAGUGAGGGGAGGGAUCGGAUCAUAGCCAGUCAGAGCAUAUUGUUCUGGAGCAGUGGGUGCUCCCGUGGCAUCACACAGAGCCGGGGCUCCAGAAGGGGCGUUGCAGGCGCAUCACUUGCUUUCUGCUGAGAUAAGGGAUGUGUUAUUCUGCCUGAGUGCGACUUUUUACCAAUUAUUCAAUAAAGCUGUAUAUGUCUCGUU